GAAGAAUUGUUUUUAUUAUUCAACUUGAAAGCAUGUUGGAGUAGUGAAGGCUUGCUGUAGUUUAUUAAGCGCUAUAACCGUUCUCAGGACCAAAGUGCGAUUUUUCAGCUUUCCAGCAAAACACUGAAGCUCUGGUCACUGAGUUAAUUAACAAAGAGGCGUCGCAUGGCAUGAGGAGCAGCUGCAAGACGAGUAAACAUCACCUUCAGCAUCAUUUCCUGACACGUGUUCGUAUGUUCACAGCGUUUUCACACAGGCAAACCAGCCUAAGAAAUUUUAAUAUCCUCACUGGUGAAGUUUUUUAUUUUUUUUUUAAAGCUCAGAACUGAUUUCAAUAUCCUUAUUUUUGAGGUGGCUUACCUCCAUUUAAAGUCCCAGCAUCAGCAUUGUUUAAAUUUCUUUAAAUGAGCUCUGCAGCAGAUAGUUCAUGCUCUUGGACACAUGCUCCUGAUCCUGCUGUCUCACAGCAUUGUGAGGAUGAGCGCAUAGAUACUGAUGUGGGAAACUCGAGCUCCAUGGAGCAUGUCUCCUUUGUGGAUGAGCAGAAUGCAGGAUUCAAGAUGAGGCCUCUAAAAGAAGAGCCUGAAGAUGAAGAUUAUCUCUGUGGAGGAACAUCGAGCUCUGUUGGACACUCCAUCCAGAACACUGAAUUUCUGAAGAAUCCUAUAAAGGUGGAAGAUUUGGAAAAUAAACUUGAAGAGGAAGAUUCUCACUGUGAAGGAACAUCGAGCUCUGUUGGACACAUGGUCCAGAAUGCCAACUUUCUGAAGAAUCCUAUAAAAGAGGAAGACUUGGAAGAUGAAGAAUACUUGUACUGUGAGUAUUGCAAAGUCUUCUUUGUAAACAAAUGUGAAGUUCAUGGUCCGGCUCUCUUCAUCCCUGAUACUCCUGUUCCCCUGGGCGUCGCUGACAGAGCCAGACAAACACUCCCACCUGGACUAGAGAUACGGGAGUCCAGUAUUCCUCACGCGGGUCUGGGAGUGUUUAAUGAAGGGGAGACUGUUCCAGUUGGUGCACAUUUUGGACCCUACCAGGGAGAUCUGGUAGAUGGAGAGGAAGCUAAGAACAGUGGGUAUUCCUGGGUGAUAUUUAAGAACAGACUGCAUGAGGAAUACAUAGAUGCUAAGAGAGAGGUGCAUGCUAACUGGAUGAGAUAUGUGAAUUGUGCUCGUAUUGAUAAGGAGCAGAACUUGGUAGCUUUUCAGUAUCGAGGGGGGAUUCUAUAUCGUUGCUGUCGACCCAUUAAUCCAGGACAGGAGCUGUUGGUGUGGUAUGAUGAGGAGUAUGCCAAAGACCUUAGUGUUGUCUUUGACUACCUCUGGAACAAAAAGCGUUCUCCAAAUGAAAUCAAUGACAGCCUGUUGCAUGUCUCUUCGUGCUCCUUGUGCCCACUUUCCUAUAUGUCAGAGAAGUCCAUCCACAGACACAUGAGAAGAUGCCACCCUGAACAGCAUGUGAAACCGACUGAACCAAUUAUGCAUGAUCGGACACCCACAGUAAGCUUCAGUGUUGAACAAGUAUCCUCUGGUACUCUCCUCACAAGCAGCUCUCAACAACAAAUGCAGAAGGAACUGCACAACUGCUUAGAUUGUGGAAAGAGUUUUCUUCAGAGUGGUCUACGACAAGACCAGUGUGUUCACAAAAGACAGAAGUCGUAUCACUGCUCACAGUGUGGGAAGAGUUUUCAUCUUGAAACCGCUUUCAAACGACACCAGCGCAUUCACACAGGAAAGAAACCGUAUCAGUGUUCGCAGUGUGGAAAGAGUUUUACUUAUCGAAGUACCUUCAAACUACACCAACGCGUUCACACAGGAGAGAAGCCGUAUCACUGCUCACAGUGUGGAAAGGGUUUUGCUCGUAAGAGUCAAGUAAAACUACACUAUCGCAUUCACACAGGAGAGAAGCCAUAUCACUGCUCACAGUGUGGGAGGAGUUUUUCUCAACAGAGUUCUCUCCGAACACACCAGCUCGUUCACACAGGAGAGAAACCGUAUCACUGUUCACAAUGUGGAAAGAGUUUUACUCGUAAGACUCACUUCAGACAACACUAUCGCAUUCACACAGGAGAGAAGCCGUAUCACUGCUCACAGUGUGGGAGGAGUUUUACUGAAAAGGGUUAUCUCCAAAUGCAUCAGCGCAUUCACACAGGAGAGAAGCCGUAUCACUGUUCACAAUGUGGAAAGAGUUUUACUCAUCGAAGUACCUUCAAACUACACCAACGCGUUCACACAGGAGAGAAGCCGUAUCACUGCUCACAGUGUGGAAAGAGUUUUUCUCAACAGAGUUCCCUCCGAACACACCAGCUCGUUCACACAGGAGAGAAACCGUAUCACUGUUCACAAUGUGAAAAGAGUUUUACUCGUAAGACUCAAGUCAAACUACACUAUCGCAUUCACACAGGAGAGAAGCUGUAUCACUGCUCACAGUGUGGGAGGAGUUUUACCGAAAAGCGUAAUCUCCGAACACACGAACGCAUUCACACAGGAGAGAAGCCGUAUCAGUGCUCCCAUUGUGGAAAGAGUUUUUAUCAACAGCGUUACCUCCAAAUGCACCAGCGGGUUCACACAGGAGAGAAACCGUAUCUCUGCUUGGACUGUGGGAGGAAGUUUACUUACCAUCACAGUUUCAAACGACACCAGCGCACCCACACAGGAGAGAAGCGGUAUCACUGCUCACAGUGUGGGAAGAGUUUUACUGACGAGUCUAAUCUCAAAACACACCAGUGCACUCACACAGAAAAGAAACUGUAUCAGUGCCAACACUGGAGAAGAUUUGACUCAUCCAAGUGAUGUCAAACUACAUGAAUGUGUUCACCAGUGGUGGCUCGCCAAAGCGGGGCACUGGGGCACCACCCAUUCUCCAAAUAUCUAGAGAAGGUCUACUUCACCACGUUUUAGUUAUAAAUUCAUUGUUUAAUGCAAAGUAAUUGUGAAAUAUAAACUUACUCAUACAAUGGACCUGGUAGUCUGUCAGCAUUCAUUAUAAAUUGACUCCAAACUAUAUUUGCUUAACUUCUAUGUGAAAUAUGUUUCCAGGUUACGGGCACCGCACAAAUGAGUGUCUGUGAAAGGCCUUUUGCAAGCUGGUGACCUGAGACUGGAUUCAGCUCUCUUCGCUCCAGAAACUUUUUUUUUUUUAAAUAAAAUCAUUUUAUUGAAAAUGUACAAAACCAAUAUGGCAGCAACAUCAUGUUAUCCUAGUAGAUAUCGGGAAUAACAGAAAUUUAUCAAAGGGAACAGUUUCAGAAAAAUAAACAACUUGUAAUACAAAAUUCAAAAUGUUAUGUAGGAAAUGCUGUCAUUAAAGACGUCCAUGGACAGAAAGGAAAACAAGUAAACAAGCAAGAAAACUAAUCAUUAAAAAUAAUCUGCAAUGGGAAACAUUUUAUCUAAUUCAGUGGGAAAAUGUUUUAAAAUAUCAUACAAUCUUGCUUUUGCUCCUUUUACAAGUUUUAAGGAUCUUAAGUAUCAUUUAAAUUUGCUCAAGAACCAAAUUGCGAGGAUGAGUUUUAGAAUUCUAUUCUUGUGUAUAAAAAAAACCUUAGCCAGAUGUAGAGUUUACAUUACUAGAGAGUUCAUCAUUUUUGUUUUGCAAGAUCAUACCAAAUGUUAUUUUGUCUCCUGAAAUAGAAUCUGGACUUAAUGAGACUUUUUGUUUUAUCCAUUUGUAAAUGUCAAACCAAAAUGUUUUGUAUUACACCACAUGAGAGAAAUAUCUGGUCUGUAGUAUCAAUAUCAUUUUCACAACAUGAACAUAAAUGAUCAAUGUUAAAAAGUAGUCCAAGUCAUUCUUUAGAAGGAUAAAUGCCAUUUCAUAAUUUUGAAAGAAUUUCAAGCGUGUCCAGUUGCCUUUUUUAGCACCUACCGUUUACAAUGACCCGGAUGACAGACAUCAUUUUAAAGCGUUUCCUUCAUUUUGGGGGAAAUUGCGAAUGUUAGAUACAUAGUUCUUAAUCUGUCGAUUGAAUUUUUAUCAAACGUAUGUAGGAUACCAUUUUUGUUCUGUCUUCCGGUGAAUGGUUUCUCAGUUAGACAGUUUCUAAUAAAAUAAUCAUUACAUUUCUUGUCCAGGAUUAAAAUCCCCUGAAUUGAUAAUGGGGCCAGUUGUAGCUGGUGGAUGUACUGUUAUAUUUUUCAUUAGGAACACAAAUUCUUGGGGUAUCUCUUGAGAAAAUUCUGGAAGUUGGUCAACUUAUCAGCAGGAGAUCUGAUGCCCCUACUCUUCCUGAAUUUCUAAAAAUAAAUCAAAGUGAAAUCAAGGGUAAACAAAAUAUAGUAGAUGCCUUUUACUAAGCAUUUAAUCACCACAGGAAUAUGCACUCAGUCUGUUCUCCCAGUAAAUAUUAGGGAUAGUGCGGUUACUGCCUCAGGUUGUUCUGUUUCAACUUUUCCACUAUUUCCACCUCCCAAGUUCAAAAGGCCUUGCUAAACCUGGACUGCAAAAAGUUUGCUGGCCUAGACCAGAUUGAGCCUUAUUUCUUUAAGAUAACGGGAGAUUUGAUUGCUGAGCCCGUUGCCUCCAUUUUUAAUCUUAGUCUAUGCAGUGGGUCAAUUCCCAGCUCUUGGAAGUCAACAUUUGUCCUCCCAUUAUUAAAUGGAGGUGAUCUCUCUAUUUUAGGUAACUAUCACCCCAUUUCUAGCUUGUCUGUUACAGCUAAACUGUUUGAAUCCUUUGUAAAUGAACAACACUUUCUAUCUGAAAAUAAUAUUUUAAGUCAUACACAAUCAGGCUUUAGACAAGACCACAGUAAUGUAACUGCUAUAAAUUCAAUUACAAAUGCUAUUAUUACUGCGUUGGAUAACAAAUUAUGCAUUGUGCUUUUCAUUGAUCUGUCUAAAGCAUUUGAUACUGUAGCUCAUGGUCUUCUUUUGCAAAGACUGCAAAGCAUACAGUAGGUUUCAGUGACACUGUUUUGAACUGGUUUUCCAAAUAUUUGACUGGUGAACUCAGUAUGUAUCUAUAGAUAAUUGUAAUUCUGCCUCUCUAAUCAUGAAAACUGGUGUUCCUCAACGAUCAAUCUUGGGACCCAUUUUAUUUUCUAUUUAUAUAAAUCUUGAUAUGGGUUUAGAUCCAGCAAAAGUACACCUUUUAUGCAGAUAACAUAAUUACCUCCGCCAAGGAGGUUAUGUUUUCGGUAGCGUUGGUUUGUUUGUUGGUUUGCCUGUUAGCAACAUUACAGAAAAAGUUAUGAACGGAUUGCUCUGAAAUUUUUUCCAGAGGUGUGACUGGGCACAAGUAACAAUCCAUUAAAUUUUGGCGGUGAUCCGGAUCACCUUCUGGAUCCCGGAAUUUUUUAAAGGAUUCUUGGCAGAGGUCUGUGCUCUCCGAGUGCUUUUCUAGUUCUUUAUACUACUGCAUCAUCACUACAAGAGGCAAUGGAUUCUUUACAGUCUGCUUUUAAUCUAUUACAGAAUUCUCUAGUCAAGUUAAAACUGGUAUUAAAUGCCCAAAAGACCAAAUUCAUGGUAUUUAUACAUUCACACUCAUCCUUUGACUAUACAGUUUUGAAACUAGAUGGCGCUCAUCUAGAUAGGGUAACCUCCUACAAAUACUUUGACAUCUGGCUUAACCAGAGGUUACCCUUUGGAGUCCAUAUAGAUAGCCUUUAAAAAAAAACUUCGACAGAAGCUAGGCUUUUAUUUUAAUUUAAAGAAAUGUUUUCCUUUUACUGCUCGAACAAGAUUAGUUCAGCAUACCUUCCUAUCAGUAUUAGAUUAUGGUGAUGUAAUAUACAUGCAUGCAUCUUUAUCCUAUUUGAAGAAACUUGAUGUUUAUCAUUCUGCUUUGAGGUUUGUAACUGGUACGACCGGAAGAAUACAUCGAUGUAAAGUAUAUGAAAUGGUUUAAUGGGCAUUGAGAAGGAAAAUUCAUAGCCUAGUUUUUUCUUGCAAAAGCUUUAAUGGGCAAGUUACCUCAGUACAUAUGCAGUCUACUGACACUUUGUGCUAAUACAUACAGUACUUGCUCAUCAGUCAAACUUAUCCUUCAGUCUCCAAUCACACGGACAGAACUGGGGAAAUCUGCCUUUUGUUCAUAUGCGCCACAUGACUGGAAUGAGCUGCAAAACAUUCUGAAUUUGGAUUCCUUGUCUUCUCUGAAUGUGUUUAAAAAUCUCCUAAACUCAGUUCUCAUAGAAUAGUGUCAUUGUUUCAAAUAAGUGUCCUUUUUUAUAUUUUCCAUGGUUCAUUUUAGUCAUUGAUUCCCUUAUGUCUCUGUGUCUGUUUUGAGAUUUAGUAUGUGUCUGUGGUAAUGUUACCGGUGUCUGUAUAUGAAACUUUUUAUCAUAUUUGCUGCUAUCUUGGCUCAGACUCUUUGGAAGAAGAGCUCUUGUAUCUCAAU